AUGGGUGAGAGUUUGCUAACAGUCCUAAAUGCUUUUGGGUGUUCCAGAUUGGGUGCCGUUUUGACUUUGUCUUUAUACUAGAGAAACGACUGUAGUUUCCUCUUGAGAAAGAAAAGCAUUGUAUAACUACAAUAUUUUGCUUGUUGAUGUGUUUGUGGCUUAUCUGUGAUCUUGUGUUGCAGCUGAGAAGAUACUGAUCGUGUACGCCCACCAGAGUGCUGGGUCGUUUAAUGCUGCAGCCAAAGACGCAGCUGUUGAGGUUCUGAUCUCUCAGGGCUGUAAAGUGGAAGUGUCUGACCUCUAUGCCAUGAGGUUCAAAGCCUCUGCUACUGCUGAAGAUGUCACUGGUAAGUCAAUCAUAAGUUGUUUAAUUACAGUAGUGAAUGGUCAUGUUUUUUGUAAACCUGAGUGCCUCUUAACUGCUGUAGUUCACUGAACUAUUUUGCAAGUGGUUUUAUUUUUUUUAGUGACUGUCCCCAUUCUGUCCUGCUUUCCCAGGGGAGGUGAAGGAUGCUGAGCACUUCCAGUAUGGAGAGGAGACCAUGCUGGCAUGGAAGGAGGGCCGACUCUCUGCUGACAUCACUGAGGAACAUCAAAAAACUCUCUGA